AUGGCAUCCGAAGAGAGCACACAAAAUACAUUGAAUGAUGAACAGCUGCAGGAACUUAUGAAUAGAAUGUCUGUCGAGGACCGCAACGAACUUACCGGAAGAUUACAAAAAUGUUCACAAGAGUUUGAGUUGAUCUUCAACGCAGGCAACGCACAGUUUGUUGCCAGCAGCAUCUUUAUUUCCUUACUAAAGAAGCUUUCAGAUGACACUAACUCAUGGUCUACCGAUUGCUGCCGCUGUGGUAGCUGGUUUGUAUCAUGCGCGCGUUAGAA